AUGCGCUUUGUGCGCUGGAACUCCACGGCCAGUCCGGCCACUCCGCCGCUGAUGACUCAAUGUCCUCCGCGCCGUCAUCUCCGAAUACAACAACAGCCAAAAGACCUCUUCCCGAUCCAAACAGACAUCCAAUUACUCUCACUCCUUCAAAAACGCGCCAACGCAUCCAAAGAAGCCGCUCAAGAAUUCGCCGCAGCUGAGAGACCCGAUCUGAAGGAGAAGGAGGACGCGCAGGUCGCUGUUCUGGAGGAGUAUGCCAGCCAGGUUGAGACCUUGUCCGCGGAGGAAAUGCAAGCCAUUGUGACCAAGGAAAUUGCUGCCAUUAAGGAAGCUGGAACCAAGUUGAACAAAGGAUUGAUCCUGAAGGCUCUCUUUGCACCCAAUGGUCCUCUGGAUGGCAAGCCUGUCAACCGCAAUGAAGUUGCCAAGCUGGUCAAUGAGGCCGUUUCCGCUUAA